GGGCCGGCUGGCUAGUUACGUCACGCAGGCCCGCCUACUGCUGGGUAGUGCCUGUGGCUGUUUUCACCUAGGUGUUCUGCUGUCUCCUACCUCAGGAUGCUCCUCGUCUGGGUGUGCUAGGUCGGACCGGGCCGGCCUCACGCCGAGUCCGUGGGGCUCCUCUGUGGUUCUGAUCGAGGACGAGGACCAUGCGCCCGGCCGAGAGACGUGGGCUGAAUCUGCGGUCCUGAGUAUGCCUCAUCUUACUGAGAAGAUUGCUGGACUCUAGACUACUAGGACUGCCUCUCAUCUUCCUACACAACAAAGUCCAAAUAGGAAGAUGGGCUUUGAGCUCUCCAUUGUGACUCAGGCAAAGGGCACUGCUCUCUGGAGGUCAAGAUCCAUUGUACAGUACGGCCGAAGAGGACAUGACCCAGCAGAGGGACUCUACUGUUACUCAUAGUGUCACCAAGAACAAGAAGAGUAUGGAAGCCAUGCUGCUGGUUGCACAGUCUCAGGCACUGGUGACCUUCAGGGAUAUACUUGUAGCCUUCUCCAGGGAGGAGUGGAAGCUGCUAGAUGCUGAUCAGCAGGUCAUGUACAAAGACGUGAUGUUGGAGAACUACAAGAACCUGGUUUCUCUGGGGCAUCAGCUUCCUAAGCCAGAUGUGAUCCUCCAGUUGGAAAAAGGGGAAGAGCCCUGGAUGGUGGAGAGAGGGAUUCACCAAGAGACCUGUCCAGAUUCAGAGAUGGCAUUUGAAAGUAAAUCACCAGUUUCCAGUAAGAGCAUUUCUAAAGAUAAAUUUUCUGCUAUUAAUGUAGAAGGAAUGUCAAAGAAAGAUCUCUGGUAUUUGUCAUUAGAAGAUAUCUGGAAAUGUAAAGACCAAUUGGGCAAAUAUCAGGAAAACCAGGAGAAACAUUUGAGGCAAGUAGCAUUCACUCAGAAGAAAGUGAUUACUCAAGAGAGGGUCUGUGAACGUGGUAGAUACGAGGGAGGCUGUCUUCCUGCUCAGCUUGUUCUGAGAGAUUAUUUCCAUCAGAGUUGCUCAUAUAUUAAAGGUUUAAAACAUGAUUUGAAAUUUAGUGGCCAUCAGGAAAGCUGUUCAGGUGACAGUAAUGAAUAUGAUCAAACCUUCUGUCAAAACAUUCACCUUAUUCAGUUUCCAAGAACUCAUACUGGAGAUGUGCCUUACAAGUGCCCUGAUAAUGAUAACUCUCUUACUUGUGAUACCUCCCUUAGUAUUUCAAAGGAAAUAUGUGGGAAAAAACCCUAUGAGUGUAAGGAAUGUGGAAAAUUCUUCAGCUGGCGCUCUAAUCUUACAAGGCACCAGCUUAUUCACACUGGACAGAAGCCCUAUGGAUGUAAAGAAUGUGGGAAAUCAUUCAGCCGAAGCUCCCACCUCAUUGGACAUCAAAAGACUCAUACUGGUGAGGAGCCCUAUGAAUGCAAAGAGUGUGGAAAGUCCUUCAGUUGGUUCUCCCACCUUGUUACCCACCAGAGGACACACACAGGAGACAAACUGUACACUUGUAAUCAGUGUGGAAAAUCCUUUGUUCAUAGCUCCAGGCUGAUCAGACACCAGAGGACUCAUACUGGAGAGAAGCCUUAUGAAUGUCCUGAAUGUGGUAAAUCUUUCAGACAGAGCACUCAUCUCAUUCUGCAUCAGAGAACUCAUGUCCAAGUGCGGCCCUAUGAGUGUACCGAAUGUGGAAAAUCCUACAGCCAGAGGUCUCAUCUUGUUGUGCACCAUAGAAUUCACACUGGACUGAAGCCUUUUGAGUGUAAAGAUUGUGGAAAAUGCUUCAGUCGAAGCUCUCAUCUUUUUUCACAUCAGAGAACCCACACUGGAGAGAAACCAUAUGAAUGUCAUGAUUGUGGAAAGUCCUUUAGCCAGAGUUCUGCCCUUGCUGUGCACCAGAGAAUUCAUACUGGAGAGAAACCCUAUGAAUGUUGUCAGUGUGGGAAGGCCUUUAUCCGGAAGAAUGAUCUCAUUAAGCACCAGAGAGUUCACACUGGAGACGAAGCCUGUAAGUGUAGCCAGUGUGGUGUCAUCUUCAGUCAGCACUCUCCAUUUAUGGUCCAUCAGAUAGCUCACACUGGGGAGCAGUUCUUCACAUGUCACCAGUGUGGGGAAGGGCUGAUAACCAGGAAAAUCAUACCAGAGAAAGCGCCUACUGAUACAGUGAGUGGAGAGCAUCUCUCAACAUGAACAGAAUGCCUGUAGAGUAGUUGUGCAAGUGGAAUAUAGUGGAAAUUCUUUCAGUCUUAUUAUAACUCUAUUGUACUCCAUGGAAUAGAUCUUAGGUAGGAGCAAAACCCACAAAUUCCAUUUCAGUACACAAAUCACACAAAUCAGGUUUUCUUCUUUGUACAAAUUUCUAUUGAAUUCAUUGUCCUGAGAGCAUACUUGACCAAGCCUUAAAUGCUAGAAUCUAAGAAGGGUUAAAGAAUUUGAGAAAUAAUCCAACUUCCAUAUUUUCUUCAGAAAUAAGUAAAUGAGCAUGCCACCGUAGGGAGAGUUGUUGCUGAGAAUUUUGAAAAAUGUUGAGGUUGGAGAGAUAGCUCAGCAGUUAAGAGCACUGACUGCUCUUGCAGAGGACCUGAGUUUGGUUUCCAUCACCCAAUGGUGGCU